UCAAAGAGCAAAUCGCAGGUUACUCAAACUCGAAAUGUAGGAAAUUCAAAUCCAACCUCAUCUAAAAAGCAGCGACAAAUUCCCCAUUUUUCUUCGCCAAAACCAAAAAAUAAACAAAAGGAAAAGGAAGUUGCCCAAAUUUCUUUUCUUUUUCUUCAAAAGCAGAGAGUGAUAUUUCAGUUUACCAACGCCACACUCUUGCAGAGAGAGACAACAAUGGCAGUCUCAAUACCCAUAGUCGCCAUCGUCACCUCCCUCCACCUCAUCGCCUUCAUCUUCGCCGUCGGCGCUGAACGGCGCCGUAGCACGGCGAAGAUAGUGCCCGAUGAGUACGACGAGCGUACCUACUGCGUGUACGGCACGGACGCCUCCACGGUGUACGGAUUAGCGGCGUGUGGGCUGCUUCUGGUCAGCCAGGCGGUGCUUAACGGCGUCACCAGGUGUCUCUGUUGCGGCAAAGGUCUAGUCACUGGCUCCUCCACGACUUGGACCGUCUUCUUCUUCGUCUUCUCCUGGACAACCUUUUUGGGAGCGGAGGCGUGCUUGUUGGCUGGGUCGGCAAAGAAUGCAUACCACACCAAGUACCGGGGAAUCUUUAACGCAGAUGACUUGUCCUGUGCUACUCUGCGCAAAGGGGUGUUUGCCGCCGGCGCUGCUCUUACGCUGUUGUCACUGGCAGGGUCAAGUCUUUACUACUGGGCACAUUCCAAAGCUGAUACUGGGGGAUGGGAGAAGCACCGAAAUGAAGGCCUUGACAUGAGCAGUUCUAACUACGGGCAGCAUGAGCAGCAGCAACAACAAGCCAGUGGAUUUCAGAAGGUAUAAUUCCGCUAUUAGUUCUGCAGUUUUGAUGGCUUUUGUCGAUCGAGGGGAAAGAAAUGGAUGGAGCAAAUAUGAAAUGAGCUAAAGACUUGUAUGUGCUAUGUUAUCAUAUAUAUGUUAGAAGUGGAAGUAAUUCCCCAGUCAUAUACAUUCCCCAACUUUUGCUGGUUGCUUGAUUUCCCAUAUUUAUUUGACUCAUGUGUGUUGUGUUUUGGUAUUAUACAUAUCUAUGUUUGACA